UCGACAGCCUUCGCGCAUGUGGGGAACUUGCCGGCCCUCAUACAUCAUCCAUAAGCACACAUUCCGGCCGACAUUCACCAUGUCAAACCUCGUUCGCCUCAUCCCAAGCCAGACCAUCUUCUUCCUCUGUGACAUACAGUCCCGCUUCAAGGAUGCUAUCCACGCCUUCCCCGAGGUCGUCGCCAUAUCAAACAAGAUGCUCAAGUUCGCAAAGGUUUUUGGUAUACCCGUCAUAGUGACCGAGCAACACCCGAAAGGUCUUGGCAAUACCACUCCCGAAAUCGACCUCAAGUCCCUCGGUUCUCUUCAUCUGGCCACCGUCGAGAAGACGGUAUUCUCGAUGUUGACGCCGGAGGUCAAAGUAUUGCUCGAUUCUCGAAAGGACGUCCGCUCUAUCGUCCUUUUCGGCGUUGAGUCUCACAUCUGUGUCUUACAAUCUGCUCUUGAUCUGUUGCAAGCCGGCUAUAAUGUUCAUGUCUUGGCUGACGGGGUCUCCAGCUGUAACAAGGAAGAAGUGCCUAUUGCCCUCUCGAGGAUCAGUCAAGCUGGCGGACACAUCACCACUAGCGAAAGUGCCGCGUUCCAGCUCCAACGCGAUGCCAGCACAUCGACUUUCAAGGCGUUCUCAAAUAUCAUCAAAGAAGAGAAGGGGGCAACCAUUCAAGCACUCGAAAAGCUGGCCUCUUAUCGGAGUAAUCUUUGAUGUAGUUCCUAACAUUCACCAAUUUGUAGUUAUCAGCUGUAACGCUAUAAACUU